AUGCGAGGCCACAAGGCUAGAAGAUUGAAAUGCACUGGACAUUUUAAUUGCACUUUUGGUGAAUACAAGAUAACUGUUAGGGGGCACCAUGUCGCUAACCUUUCAACCAGGAAGUACUUCUCCAAAUGUUUAUCGCGGGAUAUGUCUUCCGAGGAAGAAGAUUAUAUGUCGGAUGCGUUUCUGCUUGGCAGUGCUGCAUCUGUUCGUCCUGGACUGGUACCUGACAAAAUAGCUAAGCAAUACAAGAAAGAAGAAAAAAUAAAACAGUUGAAUUUGAAGAGUAAAACCAAGCCACUAAAAGAGAAGGAAAAAGAGCACCGAGAAGAAGGACUACAAAAUGAGUUGAGCAGUGACAAUAAAGGUUUUGCUUUACUUCAGAAGAUGGGUUACAAGAAGGGCAUGGGACUUGGAAAACAGGGGACUGGUAGAUCUGUUCCUGUACCAAUAGAAAUUAAAACAGGUAGGGGUGGUCUUGGCAGAGAGGCUUUGUUGAAAAGAAAACAAGAGAAUGCUGAAAGACUUCACCGGGAAAGGAUGGCAAAGAGAGUAAAAGAUGAAGAGAGAGAACGAGAAGAUUACCGUGAUAGAACAAGUACUACAUUCAUUCAAAGACUUAUGGACAAAGAUUUAUUUCAAAGUCAGAAAGCUUGCGAACAUUUAGACAGACAAAAGAAUUUAGAGGAACCAGUAGAAAAGUGGUAUUGGCCAACCUAUCCAAAGUUGGAGGAGGAGGAGAAGGAGGAGGAGUCUGAGGAGGAGAGUGACGAGUCUGAUGAAGAACCUGUUGAUGAUAUAAGUGUAGAAGAAAAGUUAUGCACAUUGACCAACUAUUUAAGGAAGCAGUAUUUGUAUUGUGUUUGGUGUGGUACAGCUUAUAAUGAUGAAAAAGACUUGAAUGAAAACUGUCCUGGAGAUACUGCCAAGGCUCAUGACUAGUCAGCAUGUAGAUGCAAUACAAUUCAAUAAAGUCAUCCGGCACUGACGUAUCAUAGAUAAUUGAACACUGAUUGUAGCAGAUGAUAACUAGUCUUCCUCAGUGCACAGUACAAAAGUGGCUAUGAGUCAAGAUUACCCCAUGUUCAAACAAUAUCUUUGGAAUUUUUCAUCAGAUAUUUCAAUUUUUGUCUCACAAGAUUUGUGCUGAACUCAGUCAUUUGCUUAUUCAAAUUGAUUGAGUUUAUUCAACACCAAUUACCCACACCAAUUGUGAGUAAAUUUGAAAUAAGGCUGUCUGUGCAAUGUCAUAUGAUUAUUUUGGAGUAUUUUCAAUAUGCUCUUGCUCAUCAAUUAUUGCUGGUAAUAUCUUCAGCAUUGCAUUCUUUGAUUUUAAAACUUCUCAUUAUCAAGUCAUGUGAAUUUGAUAUCUUAUUUAUAUUUUACAUUUAAUAAAAGUCUCUUUUUACACAA